AUGGUACAAGCGAUAAGAGAGAGGAUCAGACUCAACCCUGUUCAGAUUCGUCAAAAGUCAGUCCAUAUCGAGAAGAGGUAUUUUGGAAACGUUUUCAAGGAAACUAUAGAGAAACUUGAUCAGGUUGUUGCAAUCAAGCAACUUGACUGUAAUGGUGCUCAAGGAAUCAGGGAGUUUGUGGUUGAGGUAUCGACACUAAGUCUUGCUGACCAUCCUAAUUGAGUGACAUAGAGUUAAUAGACGUUAAGCUGAUAAUCAAAUCUGAUCUCAGCACAUAUGAGGCGUGAGAGUGCCAGUGUUGUCAUCGUAGUAGUAAAGUACGUUGAUCCAGCUGGAGAGUGGCAUGAAUUAUGAACCUUCUUCGUGCUCAAGUAUUUUCCCUCUUAAACCUGCGGUCUCCAUGUUGUCUACUUAAUGUCAAUUUGAUUACUCCUUUGUUCAUCCAGACAAUUUUGUUUUUUUUUUUAUAUGUAGAUAGCAGUUAUUCUUUUCAGCUCUUUGACAUUAGAAAUACAUUUAGGUCAUGCUUUGCAAGGUUCUUCUUCCCAAUGUGCAUGCAAGAUUAAAGUUUUCAGAGUUGCUCUUCUCUUUUACAAUAUCUCUUUUAUUUACAAUGUUCUGCAGCUUACCACAACAAUGGGGAUGAUUCACAAACGACAGGAAUAAUGUUGUAAUCACAUAUUUUGUUUGUUUUUGUCGCUUGACAAAAUACAAUUGCUGUGUUAUCGCGAAAUGUAAAUGAAACUGCAAAAGCGUUUUUUUAUACAAGUUGGAAGAUGAAGUGAAAUAAAUAUUUUCUUUAUAUGUUAAGUUAAAGAAAGGGGAUCAAAU